AUGACCAUUGUCGCCGUCGCAACCCAGGCAGCAGGCAGAUAUUGCGAGGAGUCCUUGAGUCCGGUGUUCUCACAUGUCUGGACCCUGGUCAUCGAGUCUAUCGCUGUCUCAAUUGCAAUGUACUGCCUGAUUCAAUUCUACUUUCAGAUCCGUCAUGAUGUUGCGCAAUACUCGCCUUUCUUGAAGAUCCUCGCCAUUAAACUGGUCAUUUUCCUGUCUUUCUGGCAGAGUACUGUGAUCUCCUUCCUUACCUCUUCCGGCGCCAUCAGUGCUAGUGAGAAAGUGGGGACGCAGGACCUGAAGAUUGGAAUUCCGAACCUGCUUAUCUGCAUAGAGAUGGCCAUGUUCUCGAUUCUGCACCUCUGGGCUUUCCCAUGGCGGCCCUAUACCCUUGCCAACCAGCAGGCCGGCGAGCAUCCCGAGUACGUUGGAGGCAAGGUUGCUUAUCACGGGGGACCGCUAGGAAUAAAGGCUUUUAUUGAUGCGCUUAACCCUUGGGAUUUGGUGAAGGCACUGGGCCGUGGCGUCCGGUGGCUAUUCGUUGGUCGGAAAUACAGGAUGCAAGAUCCCAGCUACAUGGGUCACACUGAAGGAUCUUACUCGCUCAAACCAUCAGACGGAAGUGUUCCGGGAACAAGCAUCCCCGGGCCGAAUGUCACCGCGUACGAAGGCGCAGGUGGUGUUCUCGCAUCUAGCAGACCAGGUCGCGGUUAUCAGGCUUCCCCCGACGAAGAGGGCGCAGAGCUUCUGUCCAAUGCACAACCAAACCCAUCUUCAUCAUACCCAUCGCACUCGUCUGGCGACAUCGGAUUGGCCUCAACUUAUUAUGAGGAGGAACACAAUGGGCGCUUCUACAGUCAUCCAUACGACGACGGAUCUUUCACAAACCUUCGACCUGUUUCCCCUCAACCUUACCAACCGUAUAGCAUGCAUCAUAGUCCUUAUCAAGCUCCGCUAGACGGACGGGAGCAAUCGCAGACAGGGGUAUAUCCGCCAGGCUAUCACCCUGAAGAGGUACCUAUGCCCCCAGCCAGGCAUAUGCCAGCGCCGUAUCUUCCACCACCGCCGGACGACCAUGAUCACAACAAUCGGAUACGAUAA